CAAUUGGCUAGCGCGCAAGACUUUUAAUCUUGAGGUUCGGGGUUCGACCCCCCGCAGGGGUGGCUUUUUUUUAAAACUCCUUUCUAUCAUUUACACACCCGAAAAAUAUGGCUUGCAGGCACCUACCCGAGUGGAGCUUGGCGUUCGGUAGGCAGGCACCAACCUGCUGGCCCAGAAAGGCAGCAGCAGAGGCCCGGUCGUUCCUUCUGGUCGAAGACAGCCCUUGUCGUCCUGUCGCUGCAUCCAGCAUGCGUUCUGUUCCCCAUAGAGUAGACGCCCAGCCAUGUCGACGUUCAAUGGCAUCGUUUCCGAAUUCCCUUCUAUAAGGAUCGAUUACUUUCGCAGAGUGCCCGACAAGCCAGCGCCACUCGCUUGCUUCCUCAGCCAUGUCCACAGCGAUCAUUUGCUGGGCUUGGAGUCUCUGCGCUCGCCGUUCGUUUACUGCUCUGCUGUGACGAAAGAGGUAGGUGACGAUCUCAUCAAGCUGAACUUCGCUGAGUAUAUUUUGCGAAUCCAGCUGCUGCUACGAAUUGAGAAAUACCCGCAUCGCAUGAACUUCUCAAAAGGCAUCCUCGAGUCUAGAAAGCAGCAUUAUGGGCACCUGGCAAAGCUGCUGAGGCCAAUACCAUUGAAUACUCCCACUGAGAUCGAGCUUACCCCCUUGCAACGCAUUCGGGUAACGCUGUUCGACGCCAAUCACUGUGCAGGUGCAGUGAUGUUCUUAAUUGAGGACAAGAAGAAUGCUGUACUAUACACCGGAGAUAUUCGAGGCGAAACCUGGUGGGUAAACUCUUUAACCAGACACCCAGUGCUCCUUCCUUACACGUGUGGUUUGAAAACACUGGAUACAAUCUACCUCGAUACUACAUUUGCGAUCAAAUCGCAUAUAUACCGAACAUUUCCCUCUAAAUCAGAAGGGAUUCGAGAGCUCUUGGAGAAAGUGAAAAGGUAUCCAGAAGAGACUGUCUUCUAUCUAAGAGCCUGGACUUUUGGAUACGAAGAAGUCUGGCAAGCCCUAUCUACCACUCUCAAUUCCAAGAUUCACGUUGAUCGGUAUCAAUAUGGCCUGUACAAGUCCCUGGCCAUCCAGUCUCACAGCAUGCCUGGGCUUGAUGCAGCUACUUUCCUCUGUGGCUUUCAGCUAGGGAAUGAAUUUAUACCUGGCUGUUUGACAUCCGAUGAGAUUGUGAGAAUUCAUAGCUGUGAGCCCGGGGCGUUUUGCUCCAGUAUUAAGUCAGGCAAAUCCAUCUUCAUCAUUCCCGUCAUUACUCGAGAUAGAUGCGGAGCAGCCAUUCCUGAAGCCGGGGCCGGAGGUGGAAAGGGGGAUUUGUAUCAGAUCCAUGAACUGGAAUUGCCAGAUGAGAUGGCAUUGCAAAAGCUUGAGGAACUACUAACCGCACAGAUUGGCAAUGAACAGGUUAUUUCGCAGACUAGGGAGACCUUACGAUCUGCCUUCGAAUCAGGAAAGAGAUCACUUUCACUGGACGAGUUUGGCCUAACUGAAGAUGCCGAUGUGACCCUCAAAGAUUUGAUUUCUAUGAUCAGUAAAUUUCGUGAUAAGCCACUUGAAAAUCUAGAAGAGGCACAAACAAUUACAUUCCCUUAUUCUCGGCACUCUUCCUAUGCCGAGCUUUGUGAACUUGUGUCUGCCUUCAAACCGAGAGAUGUCUUUCCUUGCACAGUCGAUUCCAAGACUUGGAACGAUUCGGUUUCUAUGGAAAGUCUCUUCGGCCAAUUCUGUUCCGGAAAGCGGUUUGUGCAUGACAAACACAUGCGUGAAACUGAGGGUGACAGAUUAGAACGGGAGAAUAAGAGGGCGAGAUACACUUUGAUGCGUGAUGCCAGACAUCAUUUGCAGGCAAUGGGUGAUAAAGUCCUCUUCCAAAUCGGGCCCCUUCCUUGUGAUUUCGACGACGUUGUCGAUGAGUAUACUCAGAAUUCAUAUGCGACGAAUAAUUCUCAAGCCUUGAGCCAGGAACCCUUUGUCGCUGAUUUUGCAGAUACGGCAUCAGCUCGCGAAGAAAGCCACUCUAAUGUGGUGGAUAUACGGAAUGCUGAAAGUCAGCUAUCCAUCUCUGCAUCUAUGCUGGAGUCGGAAGACAGCAAACACGAAGAAGUUAUAGAAGGCCAACCAGGUACUAAAAAUAAAGCCAGUAUCAAUCGUCUUCGGGCUUACCGUGCUGCUCGAACUGGAACUUACGAAGCAUGGAAUGAGAUUGCAAUGGUGUCUGCUGGUAACAACCACACAGAGGAGGAAACUGAAUUGUGAAGCAUAUCAUUCAUAUGAAGUUCAA